GCUUGUUAACCGACUGCAGUUGUGUGCCUGUCGUCCCAGCGGCCGGAAGUCUGCAUGAAGCUGCGUCUUCCUCACAGGCGGCGACCCUUUUUUUUUUUCUACCUUCGUUUUUUUUUUUUAUACCACACUUUUUUUUUUUUCUCUUUUUUUUUUAAGUCUCACUCGGCGCGAUGAGCACAGAGUAGCGAAGAGGGUGCGCAGAGGGAGCGACGAUGUUUGCGGGGAAAGCGGAGUAAGGCAGGGCCUCCGUGUAGCUUUAGCGAACAAAAGGAGAACAUUAAUGGAGGCAAGUUAGCUUGCUAGCUAGCUUAGCGCAUGCUAACUAUCAGCUUUUUUAAAGUGCAAGGGAGCCCCAAAGUCACCGGUCGAAGUGUUUUCUCACUAAAUCGAUUUACUAGCUGCAAUAGUUUGGCAUUUUAGUCGGCUGCUAGUUGACAGCUGGCAAUACGUUUAAUUUGCAUUAAGCUAAUUGGUGCUGGGCGAUGUGGCUGGAAACUGUAUCACGAUUACUGUAUGUUCUAUAUCGGUCGAUAUCGAUAACUAUUGGUUUUUUUUUUUGCAUCUAUCGAAAAUAAGGAGCAGGAGAAAAAUAUAUUAACAUUUUUAUAUAAAAUGUAGCCUUCCUCCCACUUCUAUCAAGGCAGAAAGGAAAGGAAAUGUCAACACAAGCAUGAAAAACUGUCAAUGUAAACAAAACUCUAAAAAUAAAAUCACAUUGAACAUUUAAUAACGUCUUAAAACGUGCCAAAAUAAGGAAUAUGUAAGAAGUGCUUGAUAAGGUGGAACAAAAUAGUGCAAAGUGUGUGAAAUUGUAGACUUGGAAAAACCCGAGAAGAGCAUUUAAUUUGGUGUGUUAUUUAAUGUUAUGCUGUGAUUAGUAUUUAAAUAUGACUAAACAAAAUUACUUUUAAUUAUUUUAUUUAUAGAAUCCUGCACUUUAGGUCCUGUCUGUUGUUUCCGUUUACCCGAAUAGGGAACGGACAAGAGUUGAAAAGAAAAAAGGUGAGCACAGAUUACUAUAUGUUCUAUAUCGGUCGAUAUCGAUAACUAUUGAUUUUUUUUCAUGACCUAUCGAAAAUAAGGAGCAUAAGAAAAAUAUAUUAAAUGUAAACAUUUUUUAUAUAAAAUGUAACCUUCCUCCCAGAUCUAUCAAGGCAGAAAGGAAAGGAAAUGUCAACACAAGCAUGAAAAACAGUCAAUGUUAACAAAACUCUAAAAAAACAAAUCACAUUGAACACUUAACGUCUUAAAACAUGCCAAAAUAAGGAAUAUGUAAGAAGUGCUUAAUAAGGUGGAACAAAACAGUGCAAAGUGUGUGAAAUUGUAGACUUCGAAAAACCUGAGAAGAACAUUUAAUUUGGUGUGUUAUUUAAUGUUAUGCUGUGAAUAGUAUUUAAAUAUGACUAAACCAAAUUACUAUUAUUUAUUUUAUUUAUACAAUCCUGCCCUUUGGGUCCUGUCUGUUGUUUCCGUAUACCCGAAUAGGGAACGGACGAGGGUUGAAAAGAAAUGCGGUGAGCACAGAUUACUAUAUGUUCUAUAUCGGUCGAUAUCGAUAACUAUUGAUUUUUUUUCAUGACCUAUCGAAAAUAAGGAGCAGGAGAAAAAUAUAUUAAAUGUAAAAAAAAUUAUAUAAAAUGUAACCUUCGUCCCACUUCUAUCAAGGCAGAAAGGAAAGGAAAUGUCAACACAAGCAUGAAAAACAGUCAAUGUUAACAAAACUCUUAAAAUAAAAUAAAAAUCACAUUACACUUAAUAACGUCUUGAAACGUGCCAAAAUAAGGAAUAUGUAAGAAGUGCUUAAUAAGGUGGAACAAAAUAGUGCAAAGUGUGUGAAACUGUGGACUUCGAAAAACCUGAGAAGAACAUUUAAUUUGGUCUGUUAUUUAAGUAUGGAAAGGAAUGUAUGUUAUGCUGUGAUUAAUAUUUAAAUAUGACUAAACCAAAUUACUAUUAUUUAUUUAUUUUAUUUAUACAAUCCUGCACUUUAGGUCCUGUCUGUUGUUUCCGUACACCCGAAUAGGGAACAAACAAUGGUUGAAAAGAAAAGAGGUGAGCACAGAUUACUAUAUGUUCGAUAUCGAUAACUAUUGCUUUUUUUCAUGACCUAUCGAAAAUAAGGAGCAGGAGAAAAAUAUAUUAAAUGUAAACAUUUUUUAUAUAAAAUGUAACCUUCCUCCCGCAUCUAUCAAGGCGGAAAGGAAAGGAAAUGUCAACACAAGCAUGAAAAACAGUCAAUGUAAACAAAACUCUAAAAAAAAAAUCACACUGAACACUUAAUAACGUCUUAAAACGUGCCAAAAUAAGGAAUAUGUAAGAAGUGCUUAAUAAGGUGGAACAAAAUAGUGCAAAGUGUGUGAAAUUGUGGACUUCGAAAAACCUGAGAAGAACAUUUAAUUUGGUGUGUUAUUUAAUGUUGUGCUUUGAUUAGUAUUUAAAUAUGACUAAACAAAAUUACUUUUAAUUACGGUAUUUUAUUUAUACAAUCUUGCACUUUAGGUCCUUUCUGUUGUUUCCAUAUACCCGAAUAGGGAACGGACGAGGGUUGAAAAGAAAAGAGGUGAGCACAGAUUACUAUAUGUUCUAUAUCGGUCGAUAUCGAUAACUAUUGAUUUUUUUUCAUGACCUAUGGAAAAUAAGGAGCAGGAGAAAAAUAUUAAUUGUAAACAUUUUUAUAUAAAAUGUAACCUUCCUCCCACAUCUAUCAAGGCAGAAAGGAAAGGAAAUGUCAACACAAGCAUGAAAAACAGUCAAUGUAAACAAAACUCUAAAAAAAAUCACAUUGAACACUUAACGUCUUAAAACGUGCCAAAAUAAGGAAUAUGUAAGAAGUGCUUAAUAAGGUGGAACAAAAUAGUGCAAAGUGUGUGAAAUUGUAGACUUGGAAAAACCUGAGAAGAACAUUUAAUUUGGUGUGUUAUUUAAUGUUAUGCUGUGAUUAGUAUUUAAAUAUGACUAAACAAAAUUACUUUUAAUUAUUUUAUUUAUACAAUCCUGCACUUUAGGUCCUGUCUGUUGUUUCCGUAUACCCGAAUAGGGAACGGACGAGGGUUGAAAAGAAAAGAGGUGAGCACAGAUUACUAUAUGGUCUAUAUCGGUCGAUAUCGAUAACUAUUGAUUUUUUUUUCCCAUCUAUUGAAAAUAAGGAGCAGGAGAAAAAUAUAAUAAAUGUAAACAUUUUUAUAUAAAAUGUAACCUUCCUCCCACUUCUAUCAAGGCAGAAAGGAAAGUAAAUGUCAACACAAGCAUGCAAAACAGUCAAUGUAAACAAAACUCUAAAAAAAAAAUCACAUUGAACACUUAAUAACGUCUUAAAACGUGCCAAAAUAAGGAAUAUGUAAGAAGUGCUUAAUAAGGUGGAACAAAAUAUUGCAAAGUGUGUGAAAUUGUGGACUUGGAAAAACCUGGGAAGAACAUUUAAUUUGGUGUGUUAUUUAAUGUUAUGCUGUGAUUAGUAUUUAAAUAUGACUAAACAAAAUUACUUUUAAUUAUUUUAUUUAUACAAUCCUGCACUUUAGGUCCUGUCUGUUGUUUCCGUAUACCCGAAUAGGGAACGGACGAGGGUUGAAAAGAAAAGAGAAAAAAUGGACGAUUCCCAUUUCAACUCAUCAUACUUUUGGUCUCCCGUCCCCACUGUACAAGGACAGAUCGAGAGCGCCAUGUUCCUGAACAAAACCAAGGAGCAACUCGGCACGGAGAAGCCCGGCGCUCCGUCGUUCCCUCACUCCUCCGCCCUGUCCCCGCACUACCCCACGGCCGUGCUCGCCAUGCCCGGCUCCAUGGACGCGGGCCUGCGGGUGGUAACCAAACAGGAAGGCGGAAACUCUGCGGUCGGAGGAGGCGCGUCCAUGAGUGCUGUCGGAGGACACAUGCACCAGUCACACACUUCCCAGAACGUCACUGUUGUGCCCGUUCCCUCCACGGGAAUCAUGACGGCGGCGGGCCUGGUCAUCACGACCCCUCAAGGCACGCUGGUCCCUACUGCCUCCACUCAGUCUUUUGUGGCGGGACCUUAUUCUGCCACCACCAUGUUCGUGUCUGCGCUGCACCCCUCAAACACAGACAAGAAGGGCGACAUAGCCGAUCCCCCUGUGGUUGUCAUGCCAACGGCAGGCAAGCGAGGCAGAAAGAGCAAACAAAUGAGCAGACCGAGCGCCAUCCUCCCGCCAGGAAGUGACGCGUUGAUAUUAGCACACCUGGCAGCCACUGGACAGCAUCAUUCAGCCGAUCCCUACGACCUGUCCAAUGAUGAGGACGACCAGGCCAACAAGGACGGCCCCAAGUCUUACAGGUGUCGGAUGUGCGCGGUGACGUUCUUCAGCAAGUCCGACAUGCAGAUCCACGCCAAGUCGCACACCGAGGCCAAGCCCCACAAGUGCCCUCACUGCUCCAAAUCCUUCGCCAACUCCAGCUACCUGGCGCAGCACAUCCGCAUCCACAGCGGCGCCAAGCCCUACAGCUGCACCUACUGCCAGAAAGCGUUCAGGCAGCUCAGCCACCUGCAGCAGCACACACGCAACCACACUGAGGCCAAGCCCCACAAGUGUCCCCACUGCUCCAAGUCCUUUGCCAACUCCAGCUACCUGGCGCAGCACCUCCGAAUCCACAGCGGGGCCAAGCCCUACAGCUGCACCUACUGCCAGAACGUUUUCAGGCAGCUCAGCCACCUGCAGCAGCACGCACGGAUUCACACUGGCGACCGGCCGUACAAGUGCAACCAUCCCGGAUGUGAGAAAGCUUUCACGCAGCUGUCCAAUCUGCAGUCUCACCGUCGGCAGCACAACAAGGACAAGCCGUACAAGUGCCACAACUGUAACCGCGGCUACACGGACGCUGCCAGCCUGGAGGUGCACCUGUCCACGCACACUGUCAAACACGCCAAGCUCUUCUCCUGCGGCCUCUGUAACCGCUCCUACACCUCGGAGACUUACCUCAUGAAGCACAUGAGGAAGCACAACCCCGACACGCUAACGGCGGCAGCCCAGCAGACGGGAAGCGGCAGGGGCCGAGGCCGCGGCAGAGGGCGAGGAGGGGGAGCCCGAGGGGGCCUACAGGCCAACCCGAACAACGGCGGCCAGAACCCCGGGCCCCCCGGCAGCUACCUGCAGGCGGCGGAAGCCGUGAUCCCGUGCCCUUUUGAUCUCCACCAGUACAAGACGGUGUCGGCCAGCGAGAUCCAGUACAAGCCCGUCACAGUGGCGGACCUUCCAGCGACCCACAAAGACCUCUGCCUCACCGUCUCAACGUCCGCCAUCCAAGUGGAGCACAUGAACUCGUAGGUUACACCUUCCCAAACCUUGCGAGGAUGAGACUGAUUGUCUGUAAAAAAAAAAAAAAAAAAAAGUAUUUAAAAUGUAUAUUCUCUUCCUGGAGCACUAGCGGCUCUCAAACACACUCAGAAGAUUGACUUUUCUACUUUGCUCUCAACGGGAUGGACCUGGUCACGUUUAGGACAUAGGUUCCUUGAUUUGAAGUCCUUAAAAGGACCUUGGGGACACCAGGACCACAUCUCUCCUUCCUGCGGAAGCAGGAGGUGAUCCCUAAUCCGAGGUAAGGUGCUGACUUUUUGGUCGCCAAGGCAAACAGGAGAAAGGCUUUGUCCACAGGAACACAGAUUUUUUUUUUCUGUGCAUUAUGGCCUCCCGCCCACCCACAAACUUUAGUUUUGGUUCUCUUGGAAAACUUUUUCCCCCGAAAUAUUUCCCACAAGUCCAAGCUUUGGCAUGCGUGUACAGAUGGGUAAAUCGGGGCUACAGUAGAAGAUUUUCACCCAACACCAGUGGGGCUUCAUUAUGUUGCAAUAUGGCGACACUAGUUAGCUCCUCCCCCCUCCAAACCCUCAGGUGGAGCUUAACAAUGGCGUGGACCGCACGCAGUUUUUUUCUCUGAAAGUGACACUUUUAAAUCCAACUCCUCCCGUUUCGGAGCAACAAGUACAAUAAAAUUAACCGAUGGUUUCAGCUUCAACCGCCAUUUUUUAACUCUCAAAGCUCGACAGGAGAAGCUAAAUAGCAAGUCAAGGAAACACUGCAGGGAAUUCUUAAAUCACGCUCAUUCCCCGCCAAAGAGCUAUAAUCGGAUCAAGACGGCGUCGGAGGGAAUAUAUACGCAGGAAUAUAAUCCAGGCUAUGCGGGUUUACGUUUCAUUCCGCGCAGUGGUAAACGCAUUCGGUUCCUUGAUGUUGUUUCCCGGUCUUUGUGUAGGUCAGUGCUGAUUUUUGAAGAUAAUACGAUCAAAUACAUAUUUUCAGGCUUCUGAUUUGUCAAAUACCGUAUUUUUCGGAGUAUAAGUCGCUCCGGAGUAUAAGUCGCACCGGCCGAAAAUGCAUAAUAAAGAAGGAAAAAAACAUAUAUAAUUCGAACUAGAGCAGGGGUCGGCAACCCAAAAUGUUGAUUUAUUUAUCAUUUAUAACGAGCCAUAUUUGACCAAAAAUACAAAAAAUAAAUCUGUCUGGAGCCGCAAAAAAUUAAAAGCCAUAUUACAUACAGAUAGUGUGUCAUGAGAUAUAAAUUGAAUUAAGAGGACUUAAGGAAACUAAAUGACCUCAAAUAUAUCUGCAAAUGAGGCAUAAUGAUGCAAUAUGUACAUAUAGCUAGCCUAAAUAGCAUGUUAGCAUCGAUUAGCUUGCAGUCUUGCAGUGACCAAAUAUGUUUGAUUAGCACUCCACACAAGUCAAUAACAUCAACAAAACUCACCUUUGUGCAUUCACGCACAACAUUACAAAAUUGGUGGACAAAAGAAGUGGCAUAAAACACGUCCUAGAAAGUCGGAGAAAGUUAUACAUGUAAACAAACUACGGUGAGUUCAAGGACCGCCAAAAUUAGUAGGACAAAACGGCGCACGCCAAAUAGUCGAAUCAGUGAAGCACGUUUAAUAUAAACAGUGUGCUUUAUAACAAUUAGGGAGGUUUGUGUCAUGUUUGUCCUCCUACAGAAACCAUAUUAAAGCAAAAAAUAUAUUUUUUUCCCCUUAUCUUUUUCCAAUUUUCAUACAUUUUUUAAAAAGCUCCAGAGAGCCACUAGGGCGGCGCUAAAGAGCCGCAUGGCUCUAGAGCCGCGGGUUGCCGACCGCUGCACUAGAGUAUAAGUCGCAUUUUUGGGGGAAAUUUAUUUGAUAAAAACCAACACUAAGAAUAGACAUUUGAAAGGCAAUUUAAACUAAAUAAAGAAUAGUGAACAACAGGCUGAAUAAGUGUACGUUAUAUGAGGCAUAAAUAACCAACUGAGAACGUGCCUGGUAUGUUAACGUAACAUAUUAUGGUAAGAGUCAUUCAAAUAACUAUAACAUAUAGAACAUGCUAUACGUUUACCAAACAAUCUGUCACUCCUAAUCGCUAAAUCCCGUGAAAUCGUAUACGUCUAGUCUCUUACGUGAAUGAGCUAAAUAAUAUUAUUUGAUAUUUUACGCUAAUGUGUUAAUAAUUUCACACAUAAGUCGCUCCUGAGUAUAAGUCGCACCCCCGGCCAAACUAUGAAAAAAAACUGCGACUUAUUGUCCGAAAAAUACGGUACAUGACUAUUGAAAUACUGUAUGUAAAAGAAAUAGAGCAAAUACAAAGCUGGUUCCCGGGAGGUUAUUUGGAAAGUACAAUGAAUGAAAAAAACAGCAACAAAAGUUGAAAAAACAACAAGAAGGCGUAAUGUAAUAAAAAUAGGUAGUGUCGACUAAUCAUUGACUAAUACGGCAUAUUGGAUUAUAUCGGUAUCGUUUUUUUCCCCGCCGAUAAUGACAUCAGAUCAGAUCUUUCCCGGGUUUCGCCCAAAGAAUGGAUACGUGUGGAGUCAUGUGACCCAUACUGGCACACGACUCAAACAAGCUUUUCUGAUAUUAUUUCCAAAUUUCACCCUCAGAUUUUAAAUAUGUGUUAUAUCGGUUGAUAUCGACUUAUCGGAGAGUGGUUAGAAAGACAAUAACGUGCCUGGUAUGUUAACGUAACAUAUUAUGGUAAGAGUCAUUCAAAUAACUAUAACAUAUAGAACAUGCUAUACGUUUACCAAACAAUCUGUCACUCCUAAUCGCUAAAUCCCAUGAAAUCUUAUACGUCUAGUCUCUUACGUGAAUGAGAUAAAUAUUAUUAUUUGAUAUUUUACGGUAAUGUGUUAAUAAUUUCACACAAAAGUCGCUCCAGAGUAUAAGUAUGAAAAAGUAUGAGUAUAAGUAUGAAAAAAAACUGCGACUUAUAGUCCGAAAAAUACGGUAUGCGCAUGACCGCGAGGGGUUUGAAUUUUUAGGCACCUAACGAUUCGAUCUGAUUCCUGGGAAGACGAUUCUAUUCAAAAUCGAGUCAAACCGAUUCUCGCAAUGUAUCAUAGACAUUUUUUUUUUUUAAACAGGUGACAGGUUAGAAAAGCUCCUACUGGUUGCAAGGACUAAAAAAGUAUGAAUCGUUCAAUGAAUAAGAACCACAAUUCGGAUUUGAAUCAAUUUACUUUUCCUGCACAAAUGACCGCCGGUGAAUGUGAUUUUACGUCUGCGGGGGAGAUAAUUUUUUUUAACUCCACUCCGAUGGGGGAUUUAUUUUUUUUCCCACACCCCGCCGCCGUACGGAUAUCGUGCAUUUGUAAAGAAUAUCUGCGUUCAAAUGGACGCUUGAGCCUGUUCCUGCUUGCCGAAACACGACCACCAGGCAAGGAUGCUACGGAGGAGAAUCCCGUCGGACCAUUAGACCUGUCGCUAAAGAGCGCCACGCUGCAAAGGAUGGAGCUGAGACAAAUGAAAAGCGGGGCACUGGACACUUGGGACGGCCAAAAGUACGCUGCAGGGCCGGGAACUAAGCACUUAAUGAAGCUUGUACUUCACCUUCGAUGUUUGCCACCUGUACUUUUUUAAUAUACCAUAUGUACGUAUUUUUCUACCAGCAGAGGAACGUGUGAGGAAGCCAAGUGGAUGUGUGAAUGUGAAAGGAAACGAGAGAACUCUCUUUUGUUACUAAUCAACGCGUUAAUGAUCCUCCAACGAGCAACGGCGGAGCAAUUGGCAGCCAGAAUGUUGAUUGUCUGACACAAUGGCUGACGGGUACUGUUAUUGAUCUUUUUCAAGGCUUUUUCCGACAUAUUCUUUCAUCUCAACUGUAUUGCAAGUCUUAUCCAUGUUAUCGCUAAAGGCAUUAUUAUAUGGCAGUAUAUGCUGUGCAUUAAAUAGUUUUCUGUCAAAGGGAAGCCUGUCUUGUGGAAAACAUGUUUCUUUUUUUUUUUUAAACAAUCUACACAGUCUCGAUAAGUUACUUCAAAAGGAGCCUUACCAAAAAGAUAGGGAAAAUAUUUGUGUUUUCAAGUUGUAUUAGUGAUAUUCACUCAAAUGAUGGAACAGAAAUGAUUCAACCGAGCAAUAUUAAAUGGCCGUCAAUACAUGUUUUCCUUCAUUGUGUCUUGUUAGGAAAUGACGAUUAUUAUUCAUGACACGGCUAACUAUUUGCUACUCGGUUGCAUAAACUGAACCAGUUCCUGAUCGGACUGUCUGCUCCUGGCGUAGAAUAAACAGGUUUCAUAUGGAAAACUACAA